CUACAAGUACUACCGGGGGGGUCCUCAUUUUGGCGUGCCCGCAAACCAAAGAAUCAGCCAGACUUGUACGGAGUACCUCGCAUUCGAGAUCAUGGCGGCCGAACGCGGAAGAGACUUGAUCGAGAUAUACGGAUCGUACCCAGUCUCCAAGACAUUCGCAGUCACGGACAACGUCCCCGGUCUCGCAGAUACAGACAUGCCGACCUACAGCGCCGCGUUCGACGUGGACCCCACCACGACGAAGAGGCAUGCGGCUUGUGACGAAUGCAGAAAACGCAAGUUGAAGUGUUCCGGCGAGCCUUCUGGCUGCGGAAGGUGCCUCAAGCAGAACCUGACUUGUCAUUACUCGGUACAAUCCAAGAUGGGACGGCCACGGAAAAAGCAGAAGACGGAAAAUGACGCCCCUGGGGACGACGACGACGUCGUCGUCGUCGACGUGCCAUCUUCCUCGGAGACACAAGUUCGGCGGCCGCGGCCUACAACGUCUGGUGGGCAACCUGGUGUAGACCCACGCAAAGACUCCCGAUGCCAGAAGGCGAUUGCGAGGACCGAGUUUGAGAAUGUGUGCAAUGCUCCUAUAUCCCAGUCCAUCCGCCGGUCGGCGGCGGCGGCGGCUGCUGCUACUGCUCCUGCUGCUGCCUCGAAUUCGACAUCUCAAGGCUCGAACAACACGUCGCCCCGUACUCCCCCAGACGAGGCGAUCCUCCCGAACGGAUCGUACCCUACCGACGUUUCCCUCUGGCCCGACUUCUCCGACAUGACCAUGCUUCCGAUGUUGGUUCAAGACAGCCACGAGCAGGACAAGGCCCCUGGGGCGUCGUCCUUCGACACGUCGGCCGCACCCAUCGGCCCUUAUAUGGCCGCCCAUGACCACUCUCCGACCCCCGAUCAGGCCCACCUGUCCCAUUUGCCCGCCGUGCCGGACUGUCCGUGUCUGCCGAAUUUAUACUUGACUCUGUCGACCUUGUCCACACUCUCCGCGUUCCCCGUCUCCUCCGGCACGGUCGACACCCUGCUCAGCUCGCACCGCACCGGGCGCGGCGUGAUUUACUGCGGGGUCUGCCCGCAAAGGUUCCAGAGCGGCUCGCAGAACGUCAUGCUCAGCAGCAUGCUCAUCACGGUGCUGGCGGACCACUGGCUCCGCGUGAAGAAGAGCAGCGCGAUCGAGUUACGGAGAGGCUUCAGUGACGACGACGGCGACACGUGCCUGGUGGACGCGGGCGUGAACCCCCCCGACGGCAACGGUGCCAUGUCACCCAGGGAGGACCUGGAAUGGCGGACGUUCGGGUAUCGACUGAUCCGCGCGUGCGUGUUUGGCGACGCCGACGUCCCGAGCCGCCCCGGUUCCGCCGACAACGACCGGCCAGCCUGUUCGCCGUCACCUUACACGCUCCUGGACCUUUGCGGUGCCCUCGAACGGCGGCAGAAGCAGUGGCACAACCUCGAGGCCUGGACGGGCGAGUUCACGCAGAGACUGACGGACGACCUGUCGCGGGGCCACACGGUGGGCAUGACCCUGCAGGAGCUGCAGGAGUGCGAGGAGAAGUCGCUGGCCAGCGGGGAGGACGGGAUGCUGUGCCUGAAGAUCGUCAAGCACGCGAGGAUGAUCAUGAGGAGUCUCGACGGACUCCCGCCGAGACUCGGUGAUUAAGACGUCCACCGCGGCAUGAAACGUCUUCCACGUUUUAACGCUUCUGACGUUUCUGCUUGUCAACGAGGUAAUGAUAUAAUCAACUCCCAGCUACGAUAACGAUUCAUAGUCUACGCUGGAUUGUUGAACGUAUGAAACCCGAACUGUUGACAAAUCCUCGUCCGAGGCCAGCAGCUUGGUUUGCAUACCGAAUGACAUCCGAUGUGGUAGAAAUAUUAUAUGUGAACUUUGUUCUACGUACAUUACAUAUGGGUUGGUUCUCUUUUAAAUCACCACUGCUGAGUGUCUUGAAGUAUCUUUUUGACAUGUGGACCUCUUUUUUUCUACGCUCAACAUCUACAUUCUAUCGGGCAUCUCCCUCGUCUCUCACCUUCCCGUUCCUUUGGGCCGUGCGUGUGUGGUUUACAGAAUGACGCAGUUCUUGGGCAACCCACAAGGACCACUCUCUGGCUUAUCGUCGGUGUCGGGGUUUGUGUUUGUGUUGUUCUGGGCGCGAGUCUCCUUCUUCCCUUCUGCGGCUGCCGUCGCGGUUCCUGUCCCUGCUGCUGGGGCAGCCGCGGUCUCCUCCUUUUUCUCUCCGUUGGCGCUGCCAUCUAGUCACGCCGCACCGAAGCUGACCUUGCUGACGUGGUCCCAGAACCCUUUACCCUGGGCGGUGGCCAGUUCGAUCUCGCGGGCGCUGGGCUGGCGGCUACCGUCACCGGACGCAAAAGUGCCUGCGCCCCAGGGGGAACCAC